AUGGCAGCUAAAGAUACACGCAUCUCUCCGGUACGCUCGAAAACUACCGUGAAAGCAAAUCAAGAGUCUCAAGAACCGGUCCGACUUCCUUCUCGAUGGCAUGUGAUAUGUCGACCAAAGAUCUUUGUACCCGUUGUAUGGAUUGUCGCCACAGUACUGCUGCUUGCUGCUAUUUUCCUAUAUUUUAUCACAAAGAGAUGGCCCAUUCUAGAGGAAGAUGAACCUACACAACGUAAAAAAAACCCGCAAGUCGUCGUUAUACUGAUCCCCGGCAUGCGAUGGGAUGCCUUAGACACUUGGACUGAGCGCGAGCUCCGCGGCUUUCGUCCCUUCUUCUCGCAAGGCGUCCGCGUGUCCCAAGUGGUGCCCGUGUUCCCCAGUUUUUCGCUCCCUUCUUGGACGACGCUGCAAACCGGCCUGUAUCCUGAGGAGCACGGGAUUCUCGGGGACGCCAUGUUCGACAGCGAGACGCAAAUGGACUUCUACGAAUUCAAGGACAGCGUCAAGGACGAUCGGUGGUGGCAGGAAAGGGAGCCCAUUUGGAUCACGGCCACGGAGGCGGGCAGACGCGUGGCCACGCUGGAGUGGAACAACGCCGACGUGCCCUUCUAUGGAAAGCUGCCGGAGGUAGCCCACGGGUACAGUGCAUCCUCGAGCUCCUUCCUGGAGCGGGUGGAGAAUGUGACGAAACUGCUUCAGCAGGAAUUCAAUCUCAUCAUGGUUUCUUACGAUGGCCUGGAAAACGCCACGCUGAAAUAUGGACCCUUCUCAAAAGAGGCGCGCGAGCAGCUGCGCGACGUGGCCGUGGGGCUGCACUUCCUCUUCGCCUACCUGUUCCGCACGGGGCGGCAGCUGGACGCGCAGCUGCUGGUGGUGUCGGACCGCGGGUACGAGACGGUGUGUCCCCCGCACGCGCAGCCGCCGCCCCCGAUCUUGCUGAACGCGCUGCUGCUGCGGCCGGCGCACGUGAUGCGUGCGAGUAAACGGACGGUGUACCCGCCCAUCCGGCUCGUGGACGUGUACCAAGUGAUGACGCACCUGCUGGGCGUGAAAGCCCGCCCACACAACGGCUCCUGGAGCAGAGUGUCACGUUUCCUGGUUGGCAGGUAGAUCCAAGAUCAAUAAAAUCUCUUGCUGUUUU